CUUGUUAAUUUUUCUGGCACUUUCAGCCGCACCACCUGGUCAUCAGUGGAUGGAGUUUGCUCAGUUGUCAUGGAAAUGCAUUUGUUUACACGAAGACCAGGAGAUAAGGUUGAAAGCUUCAGGAAAAACAAGUGCUUUCACCCAGCUGUUAUUCAUCCCUGCAUCAUGGAGGCUCAGUCUGGGGCAUCAUGGGAGCUCAUCAACCGUGUGACAGACACAAUAUACGAGGAGUGAGAGGUCACCAUGGAGACUGACAACUACACCCCAGGCCCAGCCACCACUGACUGGGUUGGGACUGAGGCUGGCCUGGAGGGAAUGGGAGUCCAGGUUCCAGGGGGCUCGUCCAGCAGCCCCGCGUCCUGGUACAUGCCAUACUCGCUGGGCUUCCAGGUGUCACUCACCACCUUCCUCAUGCUGGAGCUGGUGUUGGGUUUCAGCAGCAACCUGACAGUGCUGGUCCUCUACUGUUCUCAGUCCAAUUUAGUGGACUCGGUGAGCAAUAUGGUGACUGUCAAUCUGCAUGUGCUGGAUGUGGCCGUGUGUGUGCUGUGUCUACCCCUCACCCUGGUGGUUGUGCUGUUGCCUCCAGGACCGGAUCUGGCUCUGCUAUGCUGCUUCCAUGAAGCCUGUGUCACCUUUGCCAGCAUAGCUACAGCCAUCAACAUCCUGGUAAUUAGCUUGGACCGAUAUGACAUCUCAGUACGGCCGGCCAACAGGUUGCUGACGACACGUAGAGCAACGCUGCUCCUGGCUGCUGUCUGGGUCACCUCGGUAGCUGUGUUUUUUAUCCCAUUCUUGGAGGUGCAGUGGUCCGGUGGAGAAGGAGCAGAAGAGUUGGGGCAGGUGACACCCCUAUCUUUGUCCUCUCAUGAUGUCAGUGCCACAGUGGUGCCAGCAUGGCGUAACCGAACACUGUUGUGUGUUGGCGCGCAGGGCUACCACACAGACCUGGGUAUGUAUUACCAUCUUAUCCUGCAGGUACCCAUCUUCUUCACCACUGUGGCAGUCAUGCUGUUCACCUACUCCAAAAUACUGAGGGCAUUAAACAUCCGCAUUGGCUCCCACAUGAAGAAAAACCAACGGUUCAGGGGGCCCUCCUGCAGGGGCUGCGACAAGAUACAGAAAAAAAAGAAGGUGGGGCUCAGAAUGAAUCAUGGUGGGGAGGUAGGAGAGGAGCAGUGCACUACAGAUGGUACCAAACAGCUCAACCACCCUCCCCUCAUCUCUUCCCCCACCCCAACAGCUACCUCUCCCCCUGCCCUCUCAUCUUCUGCCCCCCUUGUCACCUCUGACACGGGCGCUGCGACCCCUAUGCCCACCACCAUGGGCGUUCAGGCCUCCGUGUCGGCCAUCAUUGCGUUGAGGCGGGCAGUGCGGCGACACAGGGAUCGACGAGAGCGACAGAGGCGGGUGUUCAGGAUGUCCCUUAUCAUUAUCACCACCUUCCUGGGCUGUUGGGCUCCCCUCUCUGUGACCAAUAUGUUAAUCCUGGGCAUAGGCCCCAGUGAGGCCCUGGUCAGCCUACGCCUCUGGUUCUUAGCCCUGGCCUACGGCACCACCGUCUCCCACCCUCUGCUCUACGCCUUCACCCGACAGAAGCUGCGUCGUGCCCUCCGUGCCAAGGUUAAGAAGAGGGUGGUGUCCCUGCUCCAGGUAGACCCUUCACCUGGGGGCACCGUCAUACACAACUCCUGGGUGGAGAACAGAAAAACCAGCCGGCAGGUGCGUCUGGAAGCAAGCGAAGGUACUGACCGCUGCCUGGCAGAGGUCCUGUGAGACUGACACACUUGGGCUGGGCUAGUAUAAUUAAAAACCAGAAUAGAGUCACAGGUGUGUUCCAUUAUGAAACUCACUGGUGCGUGAAGCCAGUGUAAGGAAUGUGAAAAACAAAUUUCCACCUCUGGGAGAUGUUUUAAUGUAACCACCAGCAGCAAGCCCAUGCUAGACACAGCUACCAGUCACCUAAGGCAGCAGUGAGAGUGGGAUGCUGUCGCCACUGUGGUGCGCACAGACUCUGCAGCUGGAGAAAAUCAUACAACAAACACAAAAGUGUAUAUAAUUUGCACUCUGCCACGUAGUGAAGCCUGUUUACAUGUGAAGUUGUAUGACAGUGCGUUCUCACAGUGGUGCUUACCUAACUGCUCCAAAGAAUGUGUUCAGCCCGCAUAUGACUGGAUCUGCCAACUACUCAAAUGCUCCAAGAAAGCUUUAAAAACACUGUUGAUACAUUUCAAACACAGGCAAAAUAAUUUAAAAAAACAAAACAAUUUGAAUGUAUUUAAAUGGCUACUUUUGAUAUUGUCUCUUUUGAUAUUGUCUCUGCCUUCACAGUUUGGCUCAUGGUAUGUUGUGUAUUCUGAACAAAAGGAGGAACAUGUUGGAUAUUUACUGGCAAGACACAGGGAGCACUACAUGAAAUAUGAUACAUGAUGAGAUGCAAAUGUGCCAGGGUUUAGGUAGGUGGGGUGAGAAAGUCUGAGACCAAUUAAAGGCUAGUGUGAACUAUUAAAUGCAGUUUUGCUUUAGCUUAAGUAGUUUUUAAACAGUCAGUGUUACAGUGUUAAAAUCUUGCAAUGCUUUGUCAUGAGUGCAACUUUUUUGCUCCCCAAAUAUAUAAAAUGGUGUAAUAUCUCAUUAAUGUUUGGCAUGUACUGCUGAGAGACGGUAUUGUUCAAAGUAAUAGUUUGAAAUGUUGGGAAAUAUGCUCAUUUGCUUUCUUGCAGGGAGUUAGAUGAGAAUAUUGAUACCACUCUCACAUCUGUGCAGUAAAUAUGAAGCUACAGCCAACAGCUGCUUAAUGUAGUUUAACACAAAGAGUGGAAACAGAUGGAAACAGCUACUGUGGCUCUGCCUGAGCAAAAACGCCUCUUUUGACACUUUAGUUUUUGUGUUGACCAAAAAAAAUGUGAUAUAACAUGUUACCCUCAGACAAAGCCAGGCUAGUUCUUAACCCCUUUUCAAAUCUUUAUGCUAAGAUAACAUAACCGGCUGCUGACAAUAACUUCAUAUUUAGUGUAAAGAUGUUGUGAAUAAGCAUGAAGCACAGUAAAACACAGGAUUUUCAGAGAUUUCCCAAAAUGUCUUACUAGUUCUCUAAAUAGUAAAAAAAAAUUAUAUUUUAUUAAAUGUUUAUGUUUUAUAAAAAAGAAAAUAAGUAUGAGUAAAGUCAGCUGGCUGUGCGGAAGUAGUUAGUUGGGUUGACACUGUAAAAUGUAUAGGUGACGGACAGUAAUCAAAAAUACUUACAGUCUCAUGAAAAAUUGUAGGUCUGUUGUAUUGGAUAGCAUUAUUUUUAAGGUGUCUCUGUUCAGAUUUGGAUUUUGGCAUGCUGAAAUAAUGCACUACUCUUGAAAUGAUAAUUCAGGUACACGUUGUAAAUACUGACCAGAUCUAAAUUUAUUACAUGCGAAAUCUACAGCUCGAUUCACUUGGUCUGUACAAGAUUAUAGACUGACUUUUCUAGAUUAGAGGAGUGUUUCCGCUACAGCUGGCUCAUCCAGACAUGUGGUCCCACGGGUUAACUCAACCUUUUUGUCCAGCAAACACAAGAGAGUAACUGUCACUACAGCCAAUCCCUGACAGAUUGGUGGGAUUAUUAAUUGGACUAGUGUUUGCUGUUGGCUUUGUUCUAGCUGCUUGUGCGUUCACUGCUCUAAUGAUUUACUCACAUUGGGGCCAAUUUCAGAGGCCAUGUGAUUUCUCGCACACACACACACACACACACACACAAACACAACUGAUGUGUUCUCGUUUUCAUGUAAACACAUGAAAAAGAUAUAUAUUAUAUUGUAUGUACACCAAGAAUAUGCUAUGUUUAUAAGUUUUCUUCAUUGUGUUGUUUUUAUGUGAAUGUAUCGUCAUGCAGCG